UUUUUAAAGAUCGAUGGUACUUUCCUCCUUAUCACUCAAAAAGGCUCAAACAGUCCUCUAUACGAGUAUAAAUUCUGAGGAUACAACAUACUAUAAGUGAGAUAUAUAGAUAUCAAGGAAUAAACACAGGCAAAUAGAGAAAGGGAGAUGGGGUUCACAGAGAAACAAGAAGCUUUGGUGAAGGAUUCUUGGGAAAUCAUGAAGCAAAAUAUUCCUCAACUCAGUCUUCGUUUCUUCUCCUUGAUCCUGGAGAUAGCACCAGCAGCAAAGAACAUGUUCUCAUUCUUGAAGGAUUCGGACGAAAUUCCUCACAAUAAUCCUAAACUUAAAGCCCACGCUGUUAAAGUUUUCAAGAUGACAUGUGAAUCGGCCGUUCAGCUGCGGGAGAAGGGUGAAGUGGUGGUUGGUGAGACUACGCUCAAGUACUUGGGAUCCGUCCAUCUCCAAAAGGGUGUUAUUGACCCUCAUUUUGAGGUAGUAAAAGAAGCAUUGUUGAGAACAGUGAAAGAAGCAAUGGGAGAGAAAUGGAGCGAAGACGUGAAAGAAGCAUGGGGUGAAGCCUACGACCAAUUGGCUGCUGCCAUUAAAGCUGAGAUGCACGCUGAGGCUGCUGCAACCUAGGCCUAGCGUUCAUGUUCUGUUUUUCUUAUGUAUUUGUGGAUUAUAUUAUGUCCAUUGCCUUUAACGUAUGUUAUAAUGAAGUAUCUUAAUUAAUUAAAUGAAUAAAAGGGUGUGCUUGAUCAUAAAUGUUCCUCCA